AGACACAACAUAUAACCACAGGCAUAUAAGCCACUAAUACACACAACAACCCAUCAUAAAUCAGCAUUUGUUAUGUCAGUAUGACUUCAGGGAGUUCAGAAGCUAUCUGGGUCAGAAACAUUUAAAUUCAGUGGCCAUGGCAUUAAGGGGAACACUGAUUUGGCUUUGCUCACUAGCAGUAUUGUCCUCCUUUGCAGCUUCAGAUGAAACUUUACACCAGAAUUGCAGCUCACAAGCUCAGCUCUUGGAGAGCCUAUCAGCUGAUCUCCAGAUGGUGUUAGAGUGUGGUGAAAACCUUACAUCUGAAUGGAGUGCACAGCAGACAGCUGCACUACUGCUCUCCAUUGGGAAUCUGACUGAUAUUCUGCACAAACACCAGUUGAAAGAUAACGAGGGCUGCUCCUCCCAGCCCUGCCAAAAUGGAGGGUUGUGCACCGAAGAGACUAGCUUCCCGUUCUUCCACUGCCAGUGUCUCAGUGGCUGGACAGGUAAACACUGCGAGCAGAGCAGCAGAGUCCAUGAGCCCCUGUCAUCUUCAUGCCCUUUAGCAGACUGUCAUGGCAAAGCCAAUGAUAGUGUUUGUGACAAAGAAUGCAACAUCUUCGCUUGCCGUUGGGACGGCGGCGACUGUUCUCUGGCAGUCAACCCCUGGGCUCGUUGCACACACCCUCACUGCUGGCGUGUCUUCAACAACAGCCAGUGUGAUGAGUCCUGCAAUAAUGCUGACUGUCUGUAUGACAACUUUGACUGCAAAAACAAGAGGGAAGUUUGCAAUCCAAUAUAUGAACCCUACUGUAUCAACCACUAUGCUGAUGAAAUAUGUGACCAGGGCUGCAACUCAGAGCAGUGUGGCUGGGAUGGCUUGGACUGCACAAAGACGGUUCCAGAAAACCUUGCUGAUGGUGUCUUGGUUCUCAUAGUUCUGCUGCCUCCAGAGGAGCUUCUCAACACUAGCAGGGCUUUUCUGCAGAAGUUAAGUUUAAUCCUACACACUACGCUGCGCUUCCGGCGGGACCACAAUGGAAAAGCCAUGAUACGUCCCUACACCCACCAUGAGGGACGACUAAAGCAGGAGCUACAGCCUCAAAAGAAGGUCAUCGGCUCCAUGGUGUACCUGGAUAUAGACAACCGUCUGUGCUCUCAGGGCUCUGAGGACUGUUUCCCUACAGCAGACACUGCUGCAGAGUACCUGGGAGCCCUGUCAGCCUUAGAAAUGCUUCAUUUCCCAUACCCCAUCAAAGAAGUCCAUAUGGUAGGUAGGGAUACUUCAAGAACACAAAAAAGACCAGCAAGACUAAGAGGCACAAAUGUGGGAGCUGGAAGCUGUUAGCUGCUGCUGCUGCUCCCAGCUGCUGCCGCUGCUCCCAGCUGCCACCACUGGUCCAGCAGCAAUUUUUUAAAUCUUUUUGUGCCACUUACAGGUGAAAUUUUUUAUGAAAUUUUAUUAAAUGCUGCAGACUUGUUCAGCAUCCCCAUCUGUACAACUUUGCUGAAUUUGGUUACCAUGGAAUAUUAUAUUAAAGAGAUACGGCAGUUAAUAUUUUGUAUGAUGAUGUUUUACUAAAGGCCACAAGUUGGGAAUAUUGGUGCCAUGCUUCAAUAUGUCGUGCACAUUCUCACAGAGAACUUUCAUUGAA